CUGGACUUGAGGUAGACUGGGCUGAGCUUCUUGGCGCCACGUGGGCUUGUGCAGGGGGCGAUGACAGUAUUGGCAUUGAGACCCUGACGCUCUGUCCCCAAGAGGAGCGCGAUGUGAGCUAGUAUCGCGCCUUGAGUUAGGCGGGGAUGGGGGUGGAGAAGACGCCGGUGGAGCCAAUGGCUGUGUCGGGGGUGCUUUGGAAAGCGCCUGAAGUCUAAGCUGCAGGAGUCAGUCCUGCUGGUUGGUGGCAGAAGUAGGAAGUAAGAGUGAAUUAGGUGGAGCGUUGGCGGUGGAAGGAACAGGAGGAGCUACUGUCCUUUUUUAACAUCCUCCUAGACUCUGCCCUUAGCCACAAUCCAAAUUCCCAAGCCUUGGGUCAGCCAAACUGCCCUCUCCAUGUCCGCCCGGCAGGCUUAUCGACACAUCUGUGGCAUGGAAACUCGACUCUGUGUGGGUUCCUUGGCUGCCCUUCAGCACGGUUCCACUCUUACUAGGAUGCUUGGCUGUAAUUCCCUCAUCGUUGUAUUCUCAAAUUGUUCUCCUGUGCCACUAGCUUAGAAUGUUUUCCUAUCUUCUUCCUACAGCUGAGCUCUUAUCACAUCUUGCUUUGCUUUUGAUCUCCUCUAACUGUUCAACAGAUUCAUCCUGCCUAGUACUAUCAGUCAUCUUACUAAAACAUCUUUUAGGAUUGUGUUAUUUUCCUGCUCAGACACCUCCAGUGGCCAUCGAUUAACCACUCAAUGGAUUCUAAGCCCCUGACAGGGCAUUAAGUGUUUUACCUAGUUUGGCACUAAUCCGGCCAUAUUUUCCAGAACUGUGCUAGAAAACACUUUCUCCUACUGCUCUGUAUCUGGGCUGUUCAGUUUUUUCUUAACACGUUGCAUAGUUUGUUUAUGCCUUUGCCUCAUUUCUGUCUCCUGAAGUGUUUUGAAAAUGUGGCCACUUCUUGCAUUAUGCUUUACUGAUUAUUCUAGGCAAAAGUGACCUCCUCUUUCUUCCUCUUCACUCUUACUGCCCUUAUUUUGUACUAGUCAUUUUAUUUAUUCAAUAAUCAGUAUUGAUUGUGCACCUACUAUGUGCUUGAUUCUGUUCUAAUUUGUGAGAUAAUCAAUGAAUAAGGCAGACAGGAUUCUUUCAUGGAGCAAACAUUCUAGUUGGGGUAGGUAUUUAGUAAAUAGUGAAGUAAAAUGAUUAAAUAGAAAUAUGCAGAAAAUUAAUUAAGAUUUUAUGGAAAAUAGUGACUUGCUGGUUUCUUCCGAUUAUUGGUCAAGGAAGAUCUCUUUAAGGAUAUUAUUGAACAGAGACUGAUUUAAUCAACAGGAACAGCUGGCAUAAAGGAACUGAAGAAGGCCAGUGUAGCUGGAGUAUAGUGGAUAAUGGGGAAAGGGUACAGGAUAAAUUUGGAGAACAGAGUUCAGAAUCUUAGAAGUCUUUGGAAGCCAGGGUAGGUAAUUUGGGUUUUAUUAUAAAUGUGAUUAGAGGGUUUAAAUAGGGUUGUGCUAUGAUUAAAUUUUCCUUUUUUAAAUCAUCAUUCUGGCUACUAUGUGGAAAAUUGACUAUGGUGGACUAGUAAUAGAAGCAGAGAUUAGAGACCUUCAUAGUGUAUAAGAAUUUCUGGAAUGAACGUAUUAAAAUAGAGGUGAUGAAAGGGCAGUAGGGAUAAUCAGAGAGCCAGAUGCUUAAAGGUGAUGCAACUUUUGGUGAUGAGAAAAUCAAAGCUAAGACCGAGACAAAGUAGAAGGUUUGAGGUUGAGAUUAAGGAACUGAGGGACUGUGAUGUUAAAUGAAUCAUCCAUACGGAUGGUUGUGGCGGUCAGGCUGGAUAGUAUAUUUUAAGCUAGGUGUUAAAGUCAUUAGUGAGUGAAGAAGAAUUGUCCUGAGACCAGAGAGGGUGGCAGCAAAUAGUACAGCCUGAUGGCAUGAACUUCAAAGGAAAUGGGAUUUGAGGAGGUAGAGGAAGAACAAGUGGUUUGGAAGCAGCAGUGGCAAACACGGAAAAUAUUUACAACCUCCAGGUCCCCAGGUUUCAGGGAUGGAAUUCAGACAACUCAUUGUAAAAAAAAGUAUAUGUUCCAGUCUCUUCUUUGUUGGUCUACCAAUGAUAUUUUAAAGGCAUUGUUCAAGAAUGGAAGAGGAUACAGAUUUCAGAAUCAGAUUUAGUUCUUUGUGUUUCAUAACUGAUCAUGUUGGUUUUCGUGGCACCAUAAAAAGCUCACCAAGUGACUUCAUUGUUAUUGAGAUUGAUGAACAGGGAGAGUUAGUUAAUAAAGCCAGCGACAAACCUGUUUACAAGGUUACUAAAGUACUACCUGAGCCAAAUAAUUUGGCUAAAAAAGCAAAACUAGAUCUUCAGAUUUUAUCUUUUGAAGAGACAAGCAAUCAAGAAGUUAGUACUUUGGCUGGUAGCUCCAGUGAAGACCACAAUUUUGUGCCUUGUUCAGAAAUGGAAGAUACUAUCAAAGAUAGAACUUACAAAGGUGAAGAAGAAAGUGUUGACGUAUUAGGCUCCUUGUUAGAUGAAAAAACUAAUGAAUUACUGAAUCAGUUUGCCUGUGAUAUAAAAGAGAAGUGGGACUCCAAAACUGAGCUAACUGGACCAUCUCCUGAAUUCUCAUUAGGCAGAAUCCUUGAUAAGAACCAGAGGGCUACCUUGCAUAGUGCUAUUAGGCAGAAAUUUCCUUUUUUAAUAACUGUAGGAAAAAACUGUGAAAUUGUCGUAAGGCCAAAUCUUGAGUAUAAGGAACUUUGUCACUUGGUAUCCGAAGAGGAAGCAUUUGACUUUUUUAAAUAUUUGGAUGCAAAGAAAGAAAAUUCCAAAUUUACCUUUAAACCUGAUACAAACAAAGAACACAGAAAAGCUGUCCACCAUUUUGUCAACAAGAAGUUUGGAAAUCUUGUGGAGACCAAAUCCUUUCCUGAACUGAGUGACAGUGCUGAUAACCCAAAUGUGGUGAUCACUGUAAGAUUUCGGGUCAAAGCACACAAGCACUGGAAGAGGUCUCUUCUUGAAUGCCAGGGAAGAAAAGAUACAUACACAGCUUUUACCCUACGAAAAGAAAAUAUAGAAAUGUUUGAAGCAGUUGGUUUUUUAGCUGUCAAACUUGGUGUGAUUCCUUCGGAUUUUAGUUAUGCAGGACUUAAAGACAAGAAAGCCAUCACUUAUCAAGCGAUGGUGGUUAGAAAAGUGACACCAGAGAGGUUAAAAAAUAUUGAAAAAGAAGUUGAAAAGAAAAGAAUGAAUGUGUUUAACAUUCGGCCUGUAGAGGAUUCCCUUAGACUUGGUCAGCUCAAAGGAAAUCACUUUGAUAUUGUCAUCAGAAAUUUAAAAAAUCAAAUAAAUGAUUCUGCAAACCCGAGAGAGAGAAUUUUGGAGGCAAUAGAAAACGUUAAGAAUAAAGGGUUUGUGAAUUACUAUGGACCACAGAGAUUUGGGAUGGGAAGGAAAGUUCACACAGACCAAAUUGGAUUGGCUUUGCUGAAGAGUGAAACGGUGAAAGCUGUAAAAUUGUUUUUUACACCAGAAGAUUUGGAUGAUCCUGUAAAUAGAGCAAAGAAAUAUUUUCUUCAGACUGAGGAUGCUAAAGGCACACUUUCCCUGAUGCCCGAAUUCAAAGUUCGGGAGAGAGCACUGUUAGACUCACUGCAUCGCUUUGGCAUAACAGAGGAGGGCUGCAUCCAGGCGUGGUUCUCCUUCCCCCAUUCUAUGCGCAUAUUCUACGUUCAUGCAUACAGCAGCAAAAUCUGGAAUGAGGCAGUAUCUUACAGGCUUGCAACUUAUGGCUCAAGAGUUGUGGAGGGUGACUUGGUCUGUUUGGAUGAAGAUGCUGACAAUGAGCAAUUACCAAGUAGUAAAGUUCAUCUAGUAACUGAAGAAGAGGAAUCAGCUAACACAUAUGCAAUACAUCAGGUGGUUCUUCCAGUGCUUGGAUACAAUAUUCAGUACCCUAAAAACAAAGUAGGGCAGUGGUACCAGGAAGUACUCAGCAGAGAUGGACUACAGACAUGUAAAUUUAAAAUACCUACCCUGAAACUGAAUGUUCCAGGAUGCUAUAGAAAGAUUUUGAAACAUCCCUGUAAUCUCUCAUACCAACUGAUGGAAGACCAUGGUAUUGAUGUCAAGAAGGAAGGUUCCCACAUCGAUGAAGCAACUUUAUCCCUUUUGAUCUCUUUUGAUCUUGACGCUUCGUGUUAUGCUACGGUUUGUCUGAGGGAAAUAAUGAAGCAUGACUUUUAAAACUAAUACCCUUGAUAUAAUCAGUAUGUGCCACUUUUUAAAGGAAAGUGAAAAGGGAGCUAAAAUUUGAGUGUCUACCAUGUGCUAGUAGCUUUAUAAUUGUUAUCUUCUUUAAUUACACACCAUCGCAAUGAAGUAGGAAUUUGAUACUCACAUUGAAGAGGACGUACAGUUAGCAAGUGGCAAAAUCUGAACUUAAGACUCCAAAGCCUUUGUUUUUUUCUAUUAACUAAUAUCUCGAUGACCUGUAUUCUGUGCUAUGAAAGUUAAAAUCUUUCUGGACUAUUAGGAGCAUACUGCAAGAUAACAUUAAAGACGGUAACAUUAAAGAAAAA